UGCUCAUCAGUCCUCGUGGUUUGGAAUUUCCAAGGGAAAGCUGGUCCAGAGGGGAAGGAUUUCGCGUAGGAGCUGAAGCUGCUUGGACCUUACGGUUCUACUUAUUAUUCUCGUAUAGAUACCUGAAAAGUGGACGAAAGUCGACUUGUGCUCCUGGCAGUCAGUUCCUCAACUCCACCUAUUCACGGUCGCUAUCAUUCUCUAGGGUUGGCCGCAGAGCGUAACUUUUUUUGUGGACAUUUACGGCCCUCGAGUUGAAGUCGAAUAGCGUCUGUAGCGAAGCCGCUCGGCGACGAGCAGCGCUCCUCGUCCACCCGCCAAUUCGCCAGUUCCAUCCUCGCGCCGGUGGCCGCUGACUCACCUUUUUUUCCGGCACUCAUACCAAAGCUUGGCGCCAUGGAUCUCCUGUUUGGAAAGAAGAAGACGCCAGCAGAGAUUCUGCGGGAGAACAAGCGCAUGCUGGACCGGUCGAUACGCGAGCUGGACCGGGAGAGGGCGCAGCUGCAGCUGCAGGAGAAGAAGCUGGUGGCUGAUAUCAAGAAGUCCGCCAAGCAAGGGCAGAUGGGUGCAGUGCGGGUGAUGGCCAAGGAUUUGAUUCGCACGCGCCACCAGGUCACCAAGUUCUACGGGCUCAAGUCUCAGCUGCAGGGCGUGUCGCUGCGGAUACAGACGCUCAAGUCCACCCAGGCCAUGGCGGACGCCAUGAAGGGGGUGACCAAGGCCAUGCGCUCCAUGAACAAGCAGCUCAACCUCCCCGCCCUGCAAAAGGUGAUGCGGGAGUUUGAGAUGGCGAACGAGCGCAUGGAGAUGACGUCAGAGGUGAUGGGGGACGCCAUAGACGAUGCGAUGGAGGGCGAUGAGGAGGAGGAGGAGACGGAGGAGCUGAUCAGCCAGGUGCUGGACGAGAUUGGCAUCGACAUUGACCAGCAGCUCGUGAGCGCACCAACAGCAGCAGCAGCCCCCCAGGCACAGACAACAGGAAAGGUGGCACAGGCAGAUGCGGUGGGUGGCGGUGGGGGCGGGGGAGGGGGAGGGGGACUGGGUCGCGGUGGUAGCAGCGGUGGUGAUGGUGCUGCUGGGGGCAGCAGUGGCGGUGGCAGUGGUGGUGGUGGUGGGGGGGGGUUGCCGAGUGCCCCGUCAGGGACUCCGUCGGUUGGUGGUGCGUCGGAUGAUUCAGGGAUUGACAGUGACUUGCAGGCACGGCUGGACAACUUGAGGCGGUUGGGAUGAGUUUCUGUAGCAUGUAUGUUUGUGCAUUUGCGAAAAGCCUAGAUCUAGUGUGGUACAUAUCAUACAUACCUCAUGUGUAUGGUGAUAUGCAUUUUCGCAUGCAGUAGGCCAUUUGUAGGAAGUCAAGUAUUAUUGGUUCGUAGAAUUUUUUUUUAAGCACCGUAUUCGUGUGUCGUGGCGAGUUAUAGGGGCUUUUGUGCCUUGCAUGUGUGCUUGGAUUAAAUUGUAGACUGCUUUCAAACUUCAUACCCGGUUG